AUGGCAAACUUCAUUUCCACCACCACCGUCACGAAUGACUCCAACCAUCAAAACCACCACCACGACCAGCCGUCGUGGGCUGACGAGUUCCUCAACUUCUCAACGACACAUCGCGGAGCCCACAGCCGUUCCAUCAGCGUCGACUCCAUAGCCUUCCUCAACCAACCAUUGGAGGAAGAAACUAGGGGUGUCAUCGUCAAUGCCAUGAUGACGGAACCGAACAUGCUCGACCGCCUCGACGACGAGCAGCUCAAGGCCAUGUUCACCGACGAAGUCACAUUCACCGUGCCGCCGAUAAUGACGGUUUCAUCGUCGAGCCCUUCCACGCCGCCGACAUCGGAUCAGAAUAGCAACAACGACGAGAAGCCGGCGCGGGGAGAGGUGGAAAGCUCAUGCAAAGUAAACGAAACACAAGCUGCGGAACCUCCAUCGACCUCCUCCAAUGGCGGUGAUCAUAUCAUCGAUCCAAAGAGGGUUAAGAGAAUUCUGGCAAAUCGGCAAUCAGCGCAAAGAUCGAGAGUGAAAAAGCUGCAAUAUAUUUCAGAGCUUGAAAGGAGCGUAACAACAUUACAGAGUGAAGUAUCAGCAUUAUCACCGAGGGUUACAUUUCUGGAUCGGCAAAGAUUGAUGCUUACGGUUGAAAAUGGUGCUUUAAAGCAAAGAAUUGCUGCUUUGGCUCAAGACAAGAUUUUCAAAGAUGCUCAUCAAGAAGCAUUGAAGAGGGAAAUUGGGAGACUAACACAAGUAUAUCAGCAUCAACAACGCCUGAAGAAAAUGAACAUAAACCACCCUCCGCCGUCGCUGCUGCCGCAGAAUGGCGGACCACAGCUUGAGGGAAUGGAUCGUUUCAUUUGCGAGCAAGAUAUCGUCGAGAACCUGCCGGCCUUCUAUCAAAGCCGGCUGUGUAUCGACGAUUAA